GCAAACAUGUUCAAGAUGCGGCAGAUUUAAAGCUAGGUCCAUCUGACGUUGUACAAAAUCUCAAGGACGGAUCAGACUAUAAGUUUCUAGGYGUGAGAGAAUCUACAAUGCAAGACGAGAAACUGUCAUUUCAGUUGGCAAGUAAGACUUACUUGCAAAGGCUCUCUGUUAUUUGGACAAGCCCGCUCUCAGAUGCGAAUCGUGUUAAAGCAACAAAUCAGUUUGCUCUACCUGCUAUGACGUAUCCAAUGUGGACCCAACGAUGGACACUUGAAGACCUAAGAGACGUCGACAGGGAGACAAGGAAGAUCAUCAGCAUGAACGGUGGAAAGCACCCAUUAAGCUCUAAUGCAGUGCUGUAUCUCMCAAGAUCAGAUGGUGGACGUGGUUUGAAAUCAGUCGAACAAGAGUAUAAGCUUAUAAAGAUCAAGGCUGCCUUAAAGCUUUAUGAAAAUCAAGACCCUAUGAUGAAAGUUGUACGAGUAUUCGAAGAAAGAUCGGCUGAGAAGGGAUAUUCAUCUCUAGUCAAAGAUGCUACCAAAUACGCGCAAGAAUUAGGAAUAAGCUUAAAGCUGGAAUUUCCGGAACCAUCCUGCUCUACAGAAGACUCUGACACCGAACCAUGUACAGGCAAUCGUGUAAAAUUGCUUUUGAAAAGGGCAGUUGAGGGUAAACUCCAGAAAAAGAUUGAAGACCAAAAGUGGCAGGGACGAUUACUCAUGAAAAGAUGCGAAGAUGAAACACUAGAUAAGGAAGGAUGCUUUGCUUGGCUCAACGAGUGGCAGUGCGCACCGACUCACACCAUCUCAGGCCUAAUGGAGUUAUACGAACAGCUUCUUCCCACUCGAACGUACACAGCUUAUAAGACCGGCACAUCGGAUCAGAGUAACACGGAAUAA